AUGAGCGCCAACGAGACGGUAUCCCACGAACCUGCGACGUCGGGCAAGAUGGUAGUGCACACCAGCAAGGGAGAUGUAGAGGUGGAGCUCUGGGCACGUGAGGCGAGGGAGAACGUCCGCAAUGUGCUCUCGCUGGCAGCCGGAGGCGCGUACGACGGCUGCGGCUUCUUCCGCAUCGACAAGGAGAGCGGCGUGGUAGUGGGCGAUCCUACCGAUUCGGGCACUGGUGGAUUCUCCAUUAAUUAUGAUCCGGAGAGUGGCAGUGAUUCGGGCAUUGGGCAUGAGUUUCACAAACGCAUCAAGUUUGCAAAGCGCGGCAUCGUGGCUUGUAUGGCUUCUCCCGACAACAGGAACAGAUCGCAGCUGCUCAUCACUCUCGCUCCGCUGCCAGAUCUUGACGGCAAGGCCACCAUCAUUGGCAAGGUCGUCAACCGCUCGCUCUUCACCAUCAUGGCUAUGACAGAAAUGCUCAUCAAUGAGGUCUCAUUCCGCCCAGAGGUUCUGCCUACCAUCACUUCCAUCGACAUCACCGUCAACCCCUUCCUCGACCUCGUCCCGGCUACACACGUCGCUGCCGCCAUCGCCAAGCUCCGUGCGCCCAAGCGGAAGCGCAAGCGCAAGCGCAAGGCUGUCACCAAUGCCGCCCUCCUCUCCUUUGGCUCGGCCACUGUCGGCGAGCCAUCGAUAACCCUCCGCGACGACGACGACGACGAUGACCACGCCGCCCCGCUCCUCGCCGCGCCUCCCCGAAUCCGUGCCGUCCAUGACGUUGUCGGAGCCCACAAGGCCAAGGCCAAGGCCAAGCGCAAGCGCAAAAAGCUCCCUCCUCCGCCGCCACCCGUCCUUGCGCCGCCGUCCGAGCUCGUUGCCACGUACAAGGCCAAGGCCGCGGCCUUUGCCGAUGACGACGCCCGUGCCGCUCACACCGCGUCCAAACUCGCGCGACUCCAGGCCAUGCUGGCCAAGCGCAAGGCGGCCGGUGGGAAGCGGUGAUGACGCUUGGUGCUGGAUGCAUCGUGUUUAUUGCUGCCGAUCAAGCCAGACUAUGUCAGCUGCGCCACCAGCUCGCGCUUCAUGACCUUGCCCUGGGUGUUGCGCGGGAGACUGUCCACCACCACCACCCGUGAUGGCAUCUUGUAGCUGGCGAGCUCACUAGCAGCUCCAUCGCAAAGGUGCGCGAGCAGCGCAUCAUCGCCGUCGUGCCACGUGCGCGCCAGCUCGACGACCGCGACCACCGACUCACCCUUGGUCUCGUGCGGGACGCCGACGACCGCAACGUCGCGGACGGUCGGCAGCGCCAACAGCGCGCGCUCGAUCUCCAGCGCGGAAAUCUUGUAGCCAGAGACCUUGAGGAUGUCGGCCGAAAGACGGCCGAGAAUGCGGUAUUCACCUGUGGCAAGGUCGCGUGCGGCCGCGUCGCCGGUGGUGAAC